CAGUGUGUGUGAGCUCACGCGGCUUUUUAUAGAAAUAAGCAUAGUAGAAAUCUUCCAGUUUUCUCUCUGAACAGAUAUGUAAUCGAGAAUGACAAGUGAUAACAUCACCUUGGAGGAAACUGAUUGAGCCUGGAGAGCACACAACACUGAGCUAGAGGAUGUGUAAAUGAAUACUGAUGAAGGAGCUUUGAUGAGCCACCUGCAGGCACACAGGAUUUUUGAAAGACCAGGGAAGAAAUUCUUCCUAGAUUCUGGAGCUCAAAUAUGAUGAAGCCUGAGUUCUCUUACUUUUCUGGAUUGUGUGUGUACUUUCUUUUUCUGCAAGUAACAAUUUCUUCAGAGAAAUGGAUGGUAACUACUCCCACAAGACACGUAUUAGCUAGAGUAGGAGGCCAGGCUGAGCUCAGCUGUCAGGUGAUCCCACCACAGAGUGUGGGGUAUAUGGAGGUGCGCUGGUUCAGGAGUGGCCAUUCCCAACCUGUUUACCUAUACAGAGGUGGCCAUAGCAUGAGUGGAGAAGCUGCUCCUGAAUAUGCAAAUCGUACACAGUUUGUGAAGGAGGCCAUUGGAGAAGGCAAAGUGACCCUCCGAAUUCAUAAUAUCAGCAUUUUGGAUGAUGGACCUUAUCGAUGUUCAUUUAAUGAUAGUGGUUUCAUUGAUGUGGCCAGCAUGAACCUCAAUGUGACAGCAGUUGGAUUGGAGACAGAGAUCCAUGUUCAGGCUCCUGAUGCUGAUGGAGUCAUAGUGGAGUGUAAUUCAGGAGGGUGGUUCCCAAAACCCCAAAUGGAGUGGAGAGAUAGUAAUGGGGAAACACUUCGACACUCAAUGAAAUCAUAUUCACAGGAUGAAGCCAGAUUUUUCCACAUGAAGAUGGCUCUUCUCACAAACAGGUUACAGGGCAACAUCAUUUGCUGUAUUUUUAACCCUGUAACAGGUGAAGAGAAGCAAACAAAUAUCAUCCUAGCAAAUGAACUCUUUUAUGAAGACCAUAUUUGGAUGAAAAUUUUAGUUAUCAUUGCAUGCAUAAUACUCUUCAUCAUCAGCUUUCUUCUACUCAUCAGCUGUUUUUGCAGAAGACAAGGAUGUGCAUCUGGAUACGUGUCUAAAUGUUUUUGUGUGUUCAACUCGUGGCCAGUUCAAAUACUGAAUUUCUUAUUCUGUACUGGACUACUCUUUGGUAUAUACUUACCUCACCGGUCCAGAGUCUCUCUUUCAGAUCCCCAGUUUCCUUUAUACAACAAAUGGAUAAAGGACUUGCUAUUUGUGAUACUUUUUCUGACAGUAUUUUUUGUCUUACCAAUCAUUGCCUUAAUAUUAAGGCGACUUUCACCCACAUGUCUGAAUAAACAGUAGAAGAACAAGGAUGUCAUCAUGGACAGCAAACCAGGACUGGGAAAGGCCCAUAAAGUCUCAACCCUAUAUAGAAAACAUCCGAGAAAAAGCUGGGAGCAGGAAAGAUAAUUUCCACAGGAAGGAGCUGCCAACUGAUUGUCCAGUGUCAAAACAUUAGCCCUGAAAACAUACAUAAAAGUCACAUUAUGCAAGCUGAACAGGUUAUUUUGGGAAUAUAUAUUAUUACAUUUAUUAUAUGUACAUUAUAUAUCCACAUGUGUAUUAUAUGCAUGCAAUAAAAUUAUU